AUGCUCAUUAACGACUCUCCCGUCACCUCUUCUGAACCUAAUUUCCAUUUGCCCACAAAGACGGUGGAAGCUCCCCUACCAAAUGACAAAACAAAGAAAAGUGUCAGUUUCUCGAGGACACUCAGUAUAUACUUAUUUACACCUUGGGGCUAUCGGUGUGUGAUAAUAAUUAAUUAUCUACUAACCUCACUGUCUCGUUUUCCGCCGCAAACUGUUAUCCAAUUGCGGUUGGAGGCAUUCAGUGCACAAUACCUCCCUGCUUCUUAGAAGUCGGCCUUGUUCAGUUUAUGAGUAGAAAAAUGGACUUUCAGGUGCCUCAGUGUUUUCUGUAUAAACAUUCUUCAUCUAAAUGCAUAUCCUUUCGUGGUGGAACUCCCCUGAAUGCGAUUUUUUUAUAGUUCCAACGCAAAGUCAGAAUUACAGUCACUUACGUUGCCUUCAUUUCCGUAAGCACAAAGUACUUAGACAGUCACGAAGACAUAUUAGCAGAUAGUACUGAUUGACAUGUUUCGUAUCCGAACUUCGUACCAUUUGUGGCCGAAAUGCGGUACUCAUGUGGCAGCAUAGGAAAGGGACGUCAUUUGAAGCGCCUCAUGGACCAUUAAGUGCUACUGAAUUAAAUACAGUAGACACGUUUAAUGGAAUCACUUUACUAAAUGGUUUGACCAACAGGCUCAGUGGGCUGCAUUUCGACGGAACCUUGAAUGGACACGCAGACGGGUGGAAUCUCUCGUAGUAGUCCCAUACCGUCAUGCAAAACCGGCCUUCAAAUAUCACUUGCUUUAGGAGUACGGUAAAUCAAUCUGGCGAGUACUUAGCGGGCCACUAUAGAGACCGACCUGGCUGACUCAGGUCGGACUGAAAUGAUGCAUGAUUCUGAAAACAACUAGAAUAUAUCUUACUGGGCGUGACCUUAAGGUGACCUUAAGGUAAAACCUGCGUGGCAGGAAAGGUCGAGGCGGAGUCAAACCAAGUAAUGGCUGCGAGACAGUUGUUUGCAUCUUGACUUUGAAUAACUUCCUCCUGCGAAUUAAUGCUGAUCAAUAUUGAGGGACGCUGAGUGUUUGUCUAGAAAGGGCGGGAAAGUAUGAAAUCGCGUGAGAAGUUUAGGUUCCACGAGCCUUAAAGAAGAAUGAUCUUUAAUACUCGGUAUUUGACCAUCCUCGACAGAAUAGAGGACACUGAGUAGCUUGGAGGUAUAUUUCUUGAACAGGAUUAUUUCGUCCCCACCUCCAGUUCUCUGCUUCGAGUGAGAUAGAAGGGCCGAACGUAAAAUACCAUUGUAUCGAAACAAACGAUAUGGAACCCAGACAUAAUCCACGGCAGCGUGAAAACCCGUGUACUAAGAAGCAGGUUCCGUGUCUUUUUCUCAAAGUGUCCACGGUAUAAUUAGCCCCCCACGUAAAAUUAGCCCCAAACUAUUCCUCACAUUCAAUAGAGUCAGUGACUGAUCUCAUGAAAUUCUGCAAUGGCUUAUGAUUAGGAAGGGUUACCUAAGUGGGUUUGUCAAAUCGAUUAUCGUGAGACAUAGUUCUAUGAAAUUUCCGACGCGCCAGGAUGGUGACUUUUGAAUAAACUUUUCAUGGCCGCCUACAAAAACCGCAUUCGACAAAAAAUGACUACUUAAGUAGUGUAAACUGUUCGUAACGACUUUUGGAAGUAUAAAAUUUUCAGAAAAAGACUUGUCCAGUAGUUGUGGAUUGAUGAAGAGAAUUGUGCGAUUUUCCGGAACAUGGCCCGAAGGCAAAGAGCGAUUGUGGCAUUUGUGAGGGACUAUUACUAUGUCGGUGUAUGCUUGUUAAACUAGUGGUUGUGUUCGCGUCAUUGGUUACCAGGCCUUCGGCGCGAAUGUUCAUAAGUGGCGUGAUGGCUAUUUAGCCGACCAUGAGCAAGAGCAUGGUGAAUGCCCUUGCAACAACCAAACCGGCAGUUGGUGUGACAAUUAUCAAUUUCCCUACACCGGAUUACCUACCCAAAGCAGUGCUAAUCCGCGGGCUUCUGGCGAAGUUUUCUGCAGCAGGCUGCGUUCACAUUGUCGGUUUCCCACCGUGUGGCGGCAUAGCAGUCGUCUCCUACACAGAUUACAGUUCCCCGUAACAUCCCAUCCCCUUUGAUUCUGUCUCUGAUUGGGAGCUUCAGCCCAGAGCCGAAACAUGUGGCCAGUAAAGUCCUUUCCCACCGGCCAAGUACACCUCGACUGAGUUACUUCCUGUAUCUCGUCCUCUCACAUGUGUCGGCGGAUUCCUGGGUCCUUUAUUAGCAAAACAGAAGACAAAAUUUAAAAAAGUCAUCAUAGUUUGUGACUACUCUUCCGGCUGAUGACGGGUAUUCAAUGAGAGAGAAUUAAAAACCAGUUGGGUUAUCAUAUGUGUUGGUAACCGUGGACAGGCCUGGAGAGAGGGAGGAGGGGGUGGCGUUCUAGGUGAUAACAAGCGUAGACCGACCAAAGGAGCCAGUUGAUGAGGAUGAUGGGCAUGGGCGACGGCAAUUAAAAACUCGGUCGGCAAGGCCCUCUACCGAGCCUGCCAGCCUUUAUAAAUUCUUAAAUUCCUUGCAUAAUUUUGUCGAUGUAGAAGUCAAAAUGUACUUGCGAAACAAUGGAAAGAAAACAAUUUGAGAGGAUUGGUUUAUGAGAUUAGCACGCCAAGGAAAAUUCGCUAGCCGACUUAUUAGCUUGCGUUCCCCCAUAGGUUCGGGGGCUGUUGGAAUCCCGACUGGAUGGGACUAAAUACUACUACUACUACUACUACUACUACUACUACUACUACUACUACUACUACUACUACUACUACUACUACUACUACUACUACUACUACUACUACUACUACUACUACUACUACUACUACUACUACUACUACUACCACCACCACCACCACCACCACCACCACCACCACCAUCAUCAUCAUCAUCAUCAUCAUCAUCAUCAUCAUCACCUUCUUCUUCCUCCACUUUUUGCAGUUUCCUUAUUCUGA